UCGGCCGUGCCGUUUCGUCUUCAGGGGGCAAUCAGCUCGUUGGUUGAUUCUCGAAAAUCCAAAGGAGUCAUUGCUUUUGUUAAGUAUUCAGAGGUGAGGGAAUCUGUAUUUAUCUUCAAUGAAAUCUGGAGUGGCGUUGUCACCUUUUUUGGAAGUGCAAAUAUUGAAGAAAAGGGCAUUCUUGAGAGGGAUUUGAAGAAAAGUAAAGUGGAGAACGGCAAAUUGGAUUGCCAAGCUGAUUACCUUGAGGGAAGUCUGGCAGUGUGCAGGUACCGAGCCACGGAUCCACGGUCACUGCACCGGGAUGAAUAUGCUCUGUAGGGUUUUCUUUAUUUUAACAGCGUAGCUUUUUUUUGCUUUUUUUAUUAUUUAAAAUUAUGGGUCAAGAAUACAGCAGCCCAGAUAAGGAAGUGACUCUCCAACAGAUCCAGGAACUUUACCGUAAAUUUGCGAGCGAAUGUCCAAGUGGAAAUCUGCACUUACACGAAUUCAAGAGAUUCUUUGGAAUCAACAGCAACUCCACAGAAGAAGAAUGUGCAUAUAUGGAACAUUUGUUUCGAUCCUUUGACACAAAUGAGGAUGGGAAAAUCGACUUCAUGGAGUACGUGGCGGGGCUGCACCUCGUCCUGCGUGGAAGACUCGAGGACAAACUGAAGUGGUCUUUUAAGGUUUAUGACCGAGAUGGCAAUGGCUGUUUGGACCGACGGGAAGUGAAACAAAUUGUCAGAAUCAUCAACAAGAUAAAGAAGCACAACGAUCCUGACGCAGGGAACAUCGAAGAUAUUUGUGACAGAAUAUUUGAACUGGUGGACAAAAAUAACGACAGGCGAAUUUCUUUGGAGGAAUUUAUCGAAGGGGCAGAAAAGGACCCGUGGGUGAUGGAACAGCUCCAACUGGACGUCGGGCCCUUUGAUUGGUUCCGUGAACGUCGGGAGAAGAAAACUUGACUUCAUGAUGUCCAGCGUGUGCUUUUAUGACAAAUGAUUGGACGCUAAGGGACAGUAUCAAUCAUCUGUGUUCAGUCCGUCGGAGAAACGCUGAUACAGGACCGGGUGUGUGAUCAUCCAAGGAUAUAAUCUGCAACGGGCUUUUUUAUCCAAGAGUCUGAGAUUCAGGGUUAUCUCAGAAAGCCUCUCCCGUCUCAUGUUUUUUGAUUUUUUUUUGCACUCACAAGUAGUACAUUACAACUUUUGUUUAACCUCUCCAACCCGAGGUUUGCCUAUCGGCCGAACCCCCCUUUCCAGCACCUUGGAGUAGACUUUACCAGUGAGGUUGAGAAGUCUGAUACCCCUGUUAUUGGCACCCACCCUCUGGUCCCCCUUUUUGAAGAGAGGAACCACCAGCCCGGUCUGCCACUCCUUGGGCACCGUCCCAGACCUCCACGCAAUGUUGAAGAGGCGUGUCAACCGAGACAGCCCCCCCACACCUCGCUGCCCGAUGCCAGGCGAGUGCAGACAUGAGUCGCGCAUGCGUCACUUUGUGACAAGUAGCAUGCAAGAUGCUAACGAGAGACUUGUGUAACGUCAACACAGUAAAGAUGGACCUACUGAACCAAGUUGGUUCACUGCUAGCUUAGCUACAAGUUAGCAUCAGACACAACAAAGGCUGUCAGUUGAAUGGUGUUUUGAGCUAACGUUAGCAAUCAAAAAAACGUCAAUAGCUAAAACAUUUUUGAAAUGAUUUCCAUCUUCUGUCAUUGUUUGAAAUGAGAAAAGUUGAUAAUUUCAUGGAUUUCACAAAUUUCAAUAUGACAGUUAUGCCGUAAACCAUCAAUAAUCUUAAAACCUGUUUCCCAGCCCUUGUGUCACUUGUCCCUUGUUAACCAAUUCAGUUUGUAUUUAUUUAACCCUUUUU